AUCCGUUAGACUUAAUUCCAAAUAUUUUUGGUGAUAUAAUGUCAUUAAGAGAAACAAAUAUAUUAUUGCCAGAUGAAUUUAGUGGUUUAGAGAGGAUUUGUUUAACUGCUAACGUGCAAAUUAUAAAAAAUGAUAGUGCACCUAUUUAUCAUCAGAAAUUAUCUGCAAGUGGUAAUCCGAUUUUACAAAGAUUUGAACGGGAAGUCAACCUUAUAUGUGAGAAUAAGAUAGUUUGUAAUGCUGUAAGUGAGGUUUUGAUUUAUGAUAAUGAGAUUGUAGAUUUGAUU